AUGCUCGUCCGCUCCCUCCCGGCCAGGGCACUCGCCCAGAGCAGGCAUGCACACGCUUCUGUGCGCCACCUCACUGUCGCGUCUAUGGCGCGCGCAGGCGCGUCGCCGUCGGCGGUCGCGCUCGGCAAGCGCCCGGCGCUGACCCCUCGCACAAUACUGGCGGUGCAGCUGGGCGGAACUCGCGAUUUUUCAUGGAACCCGUUCAAGAGCUCGGAGGCCGCACAAGUUGUUGAGACGCCUACUACCACAACUGCCGUGGAGCCGCAAUUGUCUGCGGCCAUCUCGACGCCUCUUCCUGCGAGCGACACGCCUGCUGUGCCGGCCGAGUUGCCCGUGUCCGCCCCAUCGCACCUCACCUCGACGGCUCCCGAUCACCAGUUCCAUAGCGACCCGUCGCCGCUCCUCCCCCAGAGCCCGGCGAACGCCUCCACCCCAACUCUCGAGGACCUCAUCACCAACUCGGGGCUGCCACUGGAGCAGGUGCUCGCGUCGCCCGAUGCUGUGCACGCAGCCAUGAAGUUGUCAGACCUGAAGCUCAUGGGCUUGGACCACUCCUGGUACAGCCUGCCCGGGUGGCUGUGUGACUCGCUCGUUGGGAUGCACAGCAUCACCGGCUUGCCGUGGUGGGGAUCCAUCAUUGCCCUCACGCUCACGAUGCGCAUGAUGCUGUUCCCGCUCCUUGUGCGCACGACCAAGCACAAUGUGCGCAUGGCAGCUGUGAGCCCUCAAUUCCAGGGCAUCAUGCAGCGCAUGAAGCAGUCUCAAGCCGAAGGAGACCAGAUGGGCUCUGCGCUCGCACAGCAGAACCUACGCACCCUCAUGAAGGAACACGACGUGAGCCCGUUCCGCGGCAUGAUCCUCCCCCUCGUCAGCAUGCCGCUGUUCAUCUCGCUCUUCUUCGGACUGCGCAAGCUAGCUGCACUUCCCCUGCCCCAGCUGCGUGAGGGUGGCUUUGGUUGGGUCAUGGACCUGACUGUUCCUGACCCGCUCUACAUCUUGCCCAUCACGUCGCUUGCCUUCCAGAUCCUCGUGUUCGGCAUGGGUGCCGACUCACCAGCCGCCUCGAGCCAGCGCACCAUGGCUCACUUCCGUAACUUCUUCCUGGUUGCGUCGCCGCUCAUGCUCAUCUUCGUCUCCAAGAUGCCCGCCGCUGUCCUUUUCUACUGGACGACCUCCAACAUGUUUACGGCGCUGCAGGCGUGGACCAUCCGCCAGCCCUUUGUCAAGCGUAUGCUCAACAUCCCGACGCCCAAGGCCAUUGCGCCACCCCCCGAGGACCUCCUGCUCAACCCCAACCCGUCGAUUAAGGAGACGUUCACCGCCAUGGUCGACUGGCAGAAGGGCAUGAUGGAGCGUGCCCGCGAGAAGCAGGCUGCAGCCAAUGCCAACCAGAACAUUCGCCGGGAGCGCGUUCGUACCGUCGACCCCAAGCGUCCGGGUGCCGAGCACAAGAGUACCAUCCGCGAGAAGUAUGAGCAGACACGUACCGCCGGCUUCUUGGAGGAUGCCAAGGCCGACGCCAAUGCGCAGGACCGCGCUGCUGGCCGUCUUUCGCCCGAGGAGGCCAAGCGCCAGCGUGUCGAGGAGGCUCGGAGGAAGCGCCGUGGACAGCAGUAG